AUGCCAGUGAUACGCUUACAAUGUGGACUGUUAGGAUUAUAUGGGCUUGAAAAAUCCUUUUUGGUCAGAGCCGAAGGACCGUUAAGACAAAAGGCCUACGUUGAGGCUUUGAAUUUGGACUCCAUUUUCACGCCCCAUUUGGAGUCCAGGGCUAGGCCCACUGUUGGGAAUGAUCGGGAUGCUUUAUUAUCCUGCAUCAUCUCACCCCCACGUCCCUGCUCCUGCUUUCUAGCUCAGCUACAUGGAUACCUUAAAGUUUUCAGUCACUUCAAUAGGCUAAUCUUUCGGAAUAGAACCUCAAGUUCAUGCACUGAACAAGCAACAUUCAAAAUCCCUACAACAGAGCCAUUGCAAGUCUCAUUUACGAGUGCCCUAAGGACAGGUGGAUCAAGAUGCCGAUGUUAUGGUUGCUUUAUACAAAUCCUGUCUAGUGACAAACUGUUCCAAUGGAGCAAACAAAGAUCAAGUUCUGGCCAAUGA